CCACCAGAGGAGGAGAGAGGUGCCAAAAGAGUCGGCGGUGUAUACCGAAAGCAAAGCUCGCGCUGGCUGACCUGUCCUGACCGAAGACAAGUCCCCUCUUUCCCUUCUCCUUUUUCUUCUCCCCCAUGUUUGAAACUGCAGAAUUGUUCCUUCUCUCCUAAGCCUUUUUCCUCCAUUUCUCCCAUCUUCGCGUCUCUCUCCGAUUUUUUUCCUCUUCUCAACUGCGCUCAUCCAUGGCCGGGCGGUACGAUCGCAACCCCUUCGACGAAGAAGAAGAAGUCAAUCCCUUUGCUGAACAACCAGGCUGGGGAAAAACAUCAGGACAGUCGAACUAUGGUGGGGGUACAUUUUAUACGACAACUAAUCCAACUUCGAGGCUUUCUCCUCUUCCUCCUGAGCCUGUAGAUUUCAGUUAUGACCGCAGUGCCCCUCCAGUUGAUAUUCCUCUUGAUACAGCUGCGGAUUUGAGAAAGAAAGAAAAGGAGCUGCAAGCUAAGGAGGCUGAAUUAAGAAAGAGGGAACAGGAUGUGAGACGGAAAGAAGAGGCAGCAGCCCGAGCUGGUAUUGUUCUUGAGGAGAAAAAUUGGCCCCCAUUUUUUCCGAUCAUCCAUCAUGACAUUGCAAACGAAAUACCUAUUCAUCUACAGAAAUUGCAGUAUGUUGCCUUCACAACAUUGUUGGGAUUGUUUGGGUGUCUUCUAUGGAAUAUUGUGGCUACUACUGCAGCAUGGAUUAAAGGGGAAGGUGUAAAAAUUUGGUUUCUUGCUAUUAUAUACUUCAUAUCCGGGGUCCCACUGGCAUAUGUCUUGUGGUAUCGUCCAUUAUAUCGUGCCUUUAGGAAAGAAAGUGCCUUGAAGUUUGGGUGGUUUUUCCUUUUCUAUUUGGUUCAUAUUGGGUUCUGCAUAUUUGCUGCUGUUGCUCCUCCAAUAGUUUUCAAAGGGAAAUCUCUCACUGGUAUCCUGCCUGCAGUGGAUGUCAUAAGUGAUCACCUUAUAGUUGGGAUAUUCUACUUCAUUGGAUUUGGAUUAUUCUGUCUCGAAGUUGUGCUCAGCAUCUGGGUUAUUCAGCAAGUAUACAUGUACUUCCGAGGCAGUGGGAAAGCAGCAGAACUGAAGCGGGAGGCUGCCCGAGGAGUCGUGAGAGCAGCAAUGUAAUUGCAGUGCUCCCCCAGACAGAUUUGAGGAGUACGAUCUUCCUCUGUAUGAACCUCGUCCACCAAAAGAGCCAUAUAGGAGAUUGGAUGCAACAGCAUGCCACGCAUGCAAUGUGUUAAUCAUGGUCUAUAGUUCCGUUAGCCUGUUCGUUCGUUUUUCUUUCUACCUUUUCCAUCCCUUUUUUUUUGGGUUUUUGGUUUUGGUUUUGGUUUUGGUUUUUGUUUUUGUGUUUAAAGAUGACUUGUAGGACCUGAAUCUGAUGAUGCCGGGGAGUAAAUUUGUAGAGGGGUAUGGUGGUGCUUUAUUCCAGAAUUGAAGAAAUGAUUAGCUCUUGUGUAUCUAUAAUUGAGACAUUCUGGUGCGCU